UUCAACGACAUAGGAUCAUUUAUAACAAUCGUUCAAAUUUUUAUAGAUUUUUCAUUGAUUUUAAGUGAAUUCGACAAACGGCACAUGCAGUGAUCAUUCUGGAGAUAUCGGAGCAACAUCUAUUAUUUUUGAAGUGUUGUUAGGAAAUUUAAGACAUAGAUAGCAAAGGGACUCGGGACUUUAUUUGUAUGCAUGUUUUCACAGUACUUUUACAGAUAGGAUGGGUCUCUGUGCAGUGAACACGAUCUGACGCAAACAAAAAAUUCAAUUCUGAAAUUCACUGAUAAGCAAAUAUAAAAAUGGAAUACGGAAGAACCAAACCACAACAUAACUCGUAUCUGAAUCAUGGUUACGACGAAGACCAGGACGCCGGAAGUGACGUAUUAGCUCACAGUAUCUCGGAUCAGAGUGAUGAAGAGAUGGAGGAUACAAAUCAGACAUUCCAGACAGAAACUGAACAAAUGAGACAGAGGCAGGAAACAUCAAGGAAAAAAUCCGUGAAACAAAAAGAAGGAUGGGAUGUGUUCGAGGCACGUUCCAAAGAUGUGAACAGCCAAUCAAACAUAGACUUCUGGAAUGUCGUUUUCAAAAUCACGCGAACUAUCGUUGUGACGGUAUUUGCUCUUAUUGUAUGUUUGACAGCUGUGAUGUCCAAAUUAACGCUUAUAUACAUGUUAUCUAAGAUAAAUGUGCCAAUAAAUCAGGACGAAACAUCUCUAAAAACUUUCAACGGAAGUGUGAUCUAUCCUACCGGAAGUGCCAGUAAAACGGAAGUGACGUGGAUAUGGGCUGUGCUUGUUUGCAUGUUAGCGCCUUACGUAUUUACAUUGAUCAAAAGUAUGAAUAGAUUACUUUUCAAGAAGACUAAUUCGAUCAAACCAGUUGCUUUGGUUGUAGCUCUCCUAGUUGAAACCAUGCAUACCAUUGGAUUGUAUAUCUUAAUGUUCGUAGUCUUGCCAAAUCUAGAUCCGGUUAUAUCCGCUAUUGUUAUUCUAAAUGUCGGUACGAUUCCGGGACUCUUGAAAAUUAUUUAUCCAUCCAGAAACCGAUUACCUAGCCAUGAAAGGGAACCAGAAGAUCAAAUGAAAUUUGGGAAAAUAUUUGCAUCAGUUAUUAUGAAUAUCGUUAUUGCUUUAAUACAUAUAGGAGGGCUUGGACUUACGUGUUUUUACAUUUUAAAUCCGCCAGCGUCAUUUCGAAAUAACGUCUCGCAAGACCAGAGACAAAUUAUUGCCAUUUUAUUAGUCUUAUCAUCUAUUUUUAUAUCUGUGUAUUGGUGGGAAAAUUUUGUGCCAAAAGGAAGAUCCUACUCAGAUGGUUUACCAAAAAUUAAACGAUAUUUAAUGCAAAGUAAGAGUAAAAUUCUAUUUGUAUCAAUCUGUUGGAAGAUAAUCUUGUCUACGUGUAUUCUUCCAGUAAUACAUGGUAGCCUUAUAUGUGGAAAAGACUGUAUAGAUAUGCUGUACUUUAAAUAUUCAGAAGAUGAUCUCCUAGCUAACAGCCAGCCGUCAAUCAUGAACACCAUGUUGACGGACGGAACGAUUUUAAAUGAAUGCCCGACUUUUAAAAAAUUGUUUCCGUUCAUGAUAGCUCUUGUGUAUAUUAUAAUGAACGGAGUGUGUUAUAAGAUAGCGAAGGCAGCUUGCAAAGUAGUUGCGCAGAGAAUGGCAUUCGGGUUACCUCUAGCCAUGGCAACGCCAAUAGCACUGGUCGUUUUAUUUGUGCUUAUGUCUUCGAAUGGUACCGGAGAUUACAACGACAAUAUUGGGAAAUUCUGGUUUGGGAAAUGUGAAAUUCAAUUUCCGCACUGGACAGAUAAUGAACACAAUCCAAUACUAAAUCUAUUAGACAGAUUUACCGAUAUUUGGCCACUAGUUACCGGGGGAAUAAUCAGUUAUUUAUCUCUUCUACUGAUCACAAAUUAUAUUUGGAAUCCAAAAAAAGAACGACUCCAGUCAACAGACAAACUAUUUGUUAAGCCAUUGUAUUGCGGAGUCUUAUUGGACCAAUCUUUCAUGUUGAAUAGAAGACGAACUGACGAGGAAUUUAAGACCACGAUAGAAUCGAAUAAGCCUUCGAAGGUUCCAAUACCUGACUGGACGGAGAACCCCGAGUACAAUCCUAAUGAUGAUUGGUCAGUUCUACGUAAGGAUAGCACUCCUAUGAUAUACAUGUGUGCCACUAUGUGGCAUGAAACACUAAACGAAAUGACACAGGUUCUCAAGUCUAUUUGCAGAAUGGACGAGGAUCAAUGUGCUAGACGGAAUCUUCAGCUUUAUUUUGGAAUACGAGACCCAGAUUAUUACGAAUUUGAAGCACAUAUCUUCUUUGAUGAUGCUUUUGAGCCGCAUGGUGAAGGGCAAUAUGAUUAUACUGUCAACAGCUAUGUAAAGAUGUUGGUUGAAUGUAUCGACGUCGCUGCAACAGCUGUUCACAAUGUUAUUACCAAAAUCAAAGCACCAACAAAGAUACCAACACCGUAUGGUGGUAAGCUGGAGUGGAAAUUGCCCGGUGGAAACAAAAUCAUCGCACAUUUGAAGGACAAGCAGAAAAUUCGACACAAGAAAAGGUGGAGCCAGGUCAUGUACAUGUACUAUUUCCUUGGACACAAACUAAUGAACUUAAAGAAAAGCAAAAAAGCCAAAGAAACAAUUGCACAGAACACAUUUAUCCUAGCUCUGGAUGGCGACGUAGACUUUCAACCGUCUGCAGUACAGCUUCUUGUUGAUCGAAUGAAGAAAAAUCUCAACGUAGGAGCAGCAUGUGGAAGGAUUCAUCCGAUAGGGGCAGGUCCGAUGAUUUGGUACCAAAAGUUUGAGUACGCCGUCAGUCAUUGGCUACAGAAAGCAGCAGAGAAUAUGAUUGGCUGUGUGUUGUGCAGUCCCGGAUGUUUCAGUUUGUUUAGAGGCUUUUCAUUGAUGGAUGACAAUGUCAUGGCCAAGUAUACAACAGUACCAACUGAAGCAUAUCAGCAUGUUCAGUAUGAUCAAGGUGAAGACAGAUGGCUGUGUACACUUUUGCUCCAGCAAGGAUAUAAAGUUGAAUAUGUAGCUGCGUCUGACGCUUUGACCUUUGCACCGGAAGGGUUUUACGAGUUUUACAAUCAACGUCGACGUUGGUCUCCGUCAACAAUGGCGAACAUUAUAGAUCUACUGAUGGAUUGGAAGAAUGUCACAGAAAAGAAUGACGACAUCUCACUUCUGUGUGUGGGAUAUCAAAUGCUUUUGCUUGCCUCAUCUCUUCUCACACCUGGAACUAUAUUGCUUAUGGUUUUAGGUGCGUUGUAUACAGCUUUUCCUUCUGUUCAACCGUGGACAGCAUUUCUCAUCAAUCUGAUUCCCGUUGUUAUCAUGGUAGCUCUUUGUUUUGUUUCCAAGAAAGAAGUUCAGCUUAGUUAUGCCGCCAUAUUGUCUACAGUUUACGCUCUUCUGAUGAUGAUUGUGAUAGUUGGUCUUCUUAAAGAAACGGUAGAAGCUAAAUGGUGUUCUGUUACAACGUUCUUCUUGGUGUUUGUUGCCUCGGCGUUUGUGAUUUCAGCGUUAUUGCAUCCACAGGAAGUAUGGUGUUUAGCACAUGGUCUUCUGUAUUUCUUGGCAAUCCCGUCCAUGUCCAUGCUAAUGAUGAUAUAUGCCUUGGGAAACCUAGAUGAUAUUUCAUGGGGAACAAGAGAUACUGGGACGGCAGCUGGAACGCCUGCGAGCUUACCGCAAAAUCGGACAAGAUUGGAUGAUAUUCGCAGCUGGGUUAUGGGCCCUGGAACUACUGAUAAAAAGACAUCCGAUUACCAGUUCUCGUUUGGAAAUUUAUUCAGAUGCAUGUGCUGUCCUCAGUCUGGAACGGAAACAGAAGAUACAAGACUUCGGGCUAUUAUCGAGAAACUUGAUGACAUGGAUACCAGAAUAACAUCAUUCAGUCAACGAAGCGUGGCAUCAUACAAGCAAAAUGACACGAAAGAAGAUAUCACUCCCUUUUCUCGCCAACCAGAAGCCUUUGAAAGGGCAGGUGAAGUAAUCAAUAAUCCUAUGUUUGCAAGGCAAGAGCAACGAGAAAACUCUAGAGAAAUUCUCAAAGACCUUCGAGAUAAACCUAGAGAUGAACUGGUCUGUCCAUUCUGGAUCGAAGAUCCUGACGUUCGAUAUGGUGAAAUUGAGUAUAUGCUUCCGAAUGAAAUUAAUUUUUGGGAAAAAUUCAUUGAAAAAUAUCUGAAACCACUAGAUAUGUCCAACGAAGUCAAAAAGAAAAUCAAACAAGAUCUGCGAGAACUUAGGAACAAAGUUUGUUUGGCAUUUCUUCUGAUGAAUGCACUAUUCGUAACCAUUGUUUACACGUUGACGGAAGUAAACAAACAAGAGCUGGGGUCAUUGUCUAUUUCAUUGAAUUGUGACAACGGGAAGCAAAAGAAUGAAAAGGGUUAUGGUCAGGGUUAUAUUGAGCCUAUUUCGUUCGCUUUUACUGCUGUUUUUGGAAUAAUGUUGUUAGUACAAUUCAUUUGCAUGCUCUUUCAUCGUUAUUCCACCCUUCUACACGUCAUAGCUUCACCUUCAGCUGAAAUAAAUUUCAAAAAGAAACUCCUAGGUUCUAUCUUUGAAUCUGCUGAGGAAGAAGCAGACAAAGAAAUAAAAGUAAUCGAGGGCUUGAAACUUGUGAGAGAAUUUCAGAGUAAUAAGCAAGAAACAGACUCUGACACCUCUUCCGUGAAGUCAUUUGCAACAGACAUAACAGACAACGAAUCUGAAUACGGGGACGAUUCGGUUGGGCAACGUAAAGGGAAAACCUUGUGGAAUAAACUUGCAAAACGAAAAACGGAAAUGGCGCGUAGCACUUUAAGUCGGAAUUUCAUGAGGAACUAUUCCAAACUUCAGAAGGCUGUUGACGCGGAGGAAACAAUGAGUACUUCGCACAACACUAUGGAAGAAAUGGAGAGGAAUCCUGAGAUAAAUAGGACGAACUUUGUUCUGCAACAGUUUGGUCCGAAACGACUUACCCAUAGUUCCAUUCGCACUGUCGUCACCAUGAUGAAAAAUGACGACAUCAAAGAACAAGUAAGAAGAAAAACAGAGCAUUUGAAUAAGCUUAAACAUUUACGCAAGGAAAGAGCGAGAGAAAAACUCAGAUCAGUAUUACCUAAGCUAGGUGGCGUAUCGAAGUUAAACUUUGCCAAUAUUGUCUCACAAGCUAAGCACAAAGAAAGACUAGAUAAACUCGAUAGUGAAAUCGAAAAUAUGAAACCGGAUCUCGAUGAAGAUACGAAACCAAAUACGGAAACUUCAGGUACAGAAAAUCAACCUAAGCGGCUCCCUUCUGUCAAUGAAAAAGAUGAAAGAGAAAGUGCAUCGGACAGUGAUUCAGAUAACAACGAUGACGAUAAAGAUGAUUCCUCAAAUGACAGCGAUGAUCCGAGUGGACGUCCGGUUAGGGGAAGUUUCCGAGUAAAUUCAGAUGGUAGUUCGAAAAACAGUUUAGCUGAUGCAGACGUUUUGUUUUAAAAUCUCCAUUGUUAUUUAUACUUAUAGACGUGUUUAAAGCAGAAACAGUGUAGAAAGUUCAUUUAAAAUGAGCUCAGCGAUAUUUAUUCACAGUAGUAUAAAUGGCGUCCUAGUAUUGAACAUAUUUAAAUUCGCUAUUUCAGAAUCACAAAUUGUGUUGAAUUUAUUUUUUCAAAAGGAAAAUAUAAUAAUAAUAUCUAUUUUAUUGGUAUUUAUAUUAUGGCAUCCCUUUAAAAGAUAGCAUUGGUCUUACCCUUGUUAUACAUUUAAUGAUGUUUUUACAUGAUAGGGAUUAAAGAUAGAUACCAUUGUAAUACAGUUUCUAAUGACUAGAAAACAGAGCCAUUGCAAUUGGAGAAAAGAAUUGUAUGUGUUAAAUGCAUGUCGGUAUUUUUGUUCUGUAAAGAGUCUGUUUUAUCUAAAUAUAAACAUGUGUUCCACUGAACAUGAAUACUAGUAUAUCUAUUUGUAGGUCUAUAUAGAGUUAAAAUGUUGUACUCAAUAAUUGUUUUUUCCUGAAAUAAUAUUUAUUUAUCAUUCAUUUCAUUCAUGUAUUUUUAUAAACAGUUUUGGUGUUGAAAAAGCUAUGUCUAGUAAGGGGGGACUUCAAAAGACCAAUGAAGAAUAACAAAAACUUAAUUCAAAUAGUUUGGGGGGGGGGGUAAAAAUUGCUGCAAGUUUUGUUUAUUUGAAAUCAAUUUUACAUGUAUCCAUAUUGGUCAAUCAUUUUUUCCCAAAUUAAGAAAAUAGUUGGUGGGUGGUCUGUGAAAAACUAUGUGAAAUAAGUUUGUUUUAUCCUCCAUUAAACUUUUGAUGUCGACCCUAAAUGGUGCUAAUAAUCGCAAUCUUAUCUAUAAAAAAUAAAUCAUGUAAGGAAUAUACCUUUUAUAAUUUUGUUCUUGUUUAACCAUGACGUCUUUAUAAAGUAUUUUCAUUUUUAAUUAGUGGACUACAUUCUAUUCCUUGUAUGUUCCAAAGUUUUUAUUUUUAUAACGCAACAUGGGUAGAUUUAUAUUUGUUCGCUAUAUACUCUAUAUAAUUAAGUUUAAUAUGCGUCAGAGAUUUUUAUACUUGCAUUUCUUUUCAAUUAUACUGUGUGCACGUGCCGUAACGCAACUUACAUGUUUUUACUCAAAUCUUGACUUUUUCUUAGAUGACAAAGAAAUCAAACGUAUCACCUCAUUCUAAUUUUUUUUUCUUUUUCUCUCAUUAAAACAUUUUGGAGACCAUGAUAAAUCUCAUUGAAACAUUGUGUAGACCAUGAUAGAUUUCCGCUAGACCUCAGAUCACAUACAUUAACAAGUUUCAUGGUAUGAAAACGAUUACUAUUGAUUGAUUGAUUUAUGUUUUAAAUUUACGCC